CGCGCUCGUUUCAAACAGACGUUACUUUCUCUCUCUGAGCAGUCACUAAUUACCGUUGUGUGCGUUGUGCCGCUGUUGCUAAUGCUGUUGUUGUUGUCGUUGUGAUACACACACUCUCUCUCCUUGUCGCUCCCGCAAUUUUUGACGUUUUUUUUCGUGUGUUCUUUAGUGUUGAUCCAACGCGAGGAAGAAGAAGAAUCGUGAAGCAAGAAGAAGCGAAAACAAACUGCGAUUGCAGCACAGAAACCACAAAGAUUGAAGCCGAAAAAAUCCUGGGAAGAAAACAUUUUGUUUCGAUAAAUACGACAAGACACGAAGCUACAAAAUGUCUCCAAAAGCGCUAAACGUGCGCGUCACGACAAUGGACGCGGAACUGGAGUUCGCCAUCCAGUCGACGACGACGGGCAAACAAUUGUUUGACCAGGUGGUGAAGACGAUCGGCCUGCGAGAGGUUUGGUUCUUCGGACUCCAGUACACCGACUCCAAGGGCGACUCCACAUGGAUCAAGCUGUACAAAAAGGUGAUGAACCAGGACGUGAAGAAGGAGAACCCCUUGCAGUUUAGAUUCCGUGCCAAAUUCUACCCCGAGGAUGUGGCCGAGGAGCUGAUCCAGGACAUUACCCUGCGUCUGUUCUACCUGCAGGUGAAGAAUGCCAUACUGACCGACGAGAUCUACUGUCCGCCAGAGACAUCCGUGCUGCUCGCCUCGUACGCCGUCCAGGCGCGUCACGGUGACCACAACAAGACCACCCACACAGCCGGCUUCCUGGCCAACGAUCGCCUGCUGCCGCAGCGCGUCAUCGACCAGCACAAGAUGUCCAAGGACGAGUGGGAGCAGUCGAUCAUGACCUGGUGGCAGGAGCACCGCAGCAUGCUGCGCGAGGACGCCAUGAUGGAGUAUCUGAAGAUCGCCCAGGACCUGGAGAUGUACGGCGUCAACUACUUUGAGAUCCGCAACAAGAAGGGCACGGAUCUUUGGCUGGGCGUGGACGCACUGGGUCUGAACAUUUACGAGCAGGACGACAGGCUGACGCCGAAGAUUGGCUUCCCGUGGUCCGAGAUCCGCAACAUCUCCUUCUCGGAGAAGAAGUUCAUCAUCAAGCCGAUCGACAAGAAGGCUCCGGACUUUAUGUUCUUUGCGCCACGUGUCCGCAUCAACAAGCGCAUCUUGGCCCUCUGCAUGGGCAACCACGAGCUGUACAUGCGUCGCCGCAAGCCGGACACCAUCGAUGUGCAGCAGAUGAAGGCGCAGGCGCGCGAGGAGAAGAAUGCCAAACAGCAGGAACGUGAGAAGCUGCAGCUGGCGCUGGCCGCACGCGAACGCGCUGAAAAGAAGCAGCAGGAGUACGAGGAUCGGCUGAAGCAGAUGCAGGAGGACAUGGAGCGUUCGCAGCGCGACCUGCUUGAGGCCCAGGACAUGAUCCGCCGGCUGGAGGAGCAGCUGAAGCAGCUGCAGGCCGCCAAGGAUGAGCUGGAGCUGCGCCAGAAGGAGCUGCAGGCGAUGCUGCAGCGCCUCGAGGAGGCCAAGAACAUGGAGGCCGUUGAGAAGCUCAAGCUCGAGGAGGAGAUCAUGGCCAAGCAGAUGGAGGUGCAGCGCAUCCAGGACGAGGUCAACGCCAAGGACGAGGAGACAAAGCGUCUGCAGGACGAGGUGGAAGACGCCCGACGCAAGCAGGUCAUUGCGGCUGAAGCCGCUGCCGCUCUGCUGGCCGCAUCGACAACGCCGCAGCACCACCACGUGGCCGAGGAUGAGAACGAGAACGAGGAGGAGCUGACGAACGGCGACGCCGGUGGCGAUGUGUCGCGUGACCUGGACACCGACGAGCAUAUCAAGGACCCCAUCGAGGACAGACGCACGCUGGCCGAGCGCAACGAGCGCUUGCACGAUCAGCUCAAGGCUCUGAAACAAGAUCUGGCGCAGUCACGCGACGAGACGAAAGAGACGGCAAACGACAAGAUCCAUCGCGAGAACGUUCGCCAGGGACGUGACAAGUACAAGACGCUCCGCGAGAUCCGCAAGGGCAACACAAAGCGUCGCGUCGAUCAGUUCGAGAACAUGUAAAGCUAUUGCCUUUCGGACGGGCCGGAUCAGAGAUCGAUAGAGCGAGAGAGAUAGAGAGGGAGCAGUGUCUCCAGAAAGAAAAAGAAAAAGAUAUAACUACAACAACAGAAGAUAAUAAUAAUGAUGAUGAUGAUGAUGAUGAUGAUGAAGAAGCAACAAAUAUAAUUCCGGUCGCUGGCAAAGCCUAUGCUACUAUCCCCCCAGCGACGACCCUUUUCCACCCAUAAGAACUUCCUGCCUCCUAAGUGAAUUGAAGAGAUCCACAAGUUUAAUGAAUAUACUUUGUUUGACCGCCGUUUUGUCUCGGAGCUUUUGUAUAGAAGAAUCAAGAAACAAAAAAUCAAUGAAAAAUUCAGCCAGACACAACACUCAUCAAUAUGAAUAUAAAGUGUAUUACCGAUAACAAGAAAAACAAGAAACGGUCAGGACCACAUCUAUAUGGACAAUCAGCAAAUGAAAGGAUCAAGCUAUCGGAAAAUAUGUCUAAAUCCAAACAGAAGCAAUAGAAAUAUACAUUUCUCCUUUUCCCAAUGGAUUCAUAGAGAAAACGGAACGAAUAGUAAUAGAUAUUGAAAAGCAAACAUUAGUAACCACUAAACAACAACAACAAAAACAAAAACAGCUACUACAACAAAACAAACAACUAUUUGCAUUUUCCCCCGUUAUAAUUAU